CUUCUCAGCUCAGGCUUAACUGUUAAUCGGUGAGCAAAAGUCCAGAGAUCAAAAGGCCAGAUAAGAGAAAGAAGAAGAAGAACAAGAAAAAGAAAAGGUAUUACAGCAAUGGCUUCCAAGGGAGGAGAAAAUCAAAACGAAGCCGGGAGGCACCAGGAGGUUGGUCACAAGAGCCUUUUGCAGAGUGAUGCUCUUUACCAGUAUAUAUUGGAGACCAGUGUCUACCCGAGAGAGCCUGAACCCAUGAAGGAGCUUAGAGAGGUGACUGCCAAGCAUCCAUGGAACAUCAUGACCACCUCAGCCGAUGAAGGCCAGUUCUUGAACAUGCUACUCAAACUCAUCAAUGCCAAGAACACCAUGGAGAUCGGUGUCUACACCGGCUACUCCCUGCUCGCUACAGCCUUAGCGAUUCCCGACGAUGGAAAGAUCCUGGCCAUGGACAUCAACAGAGAAAACUACGAGCUAGGACUGCCCAUCAUCGAAAAAGCCGGUGUUGCCCACAAGAUCGAAUUCAGAGAAGGCCCUGCCCUCCCAGUUCUUGACCUUUUGGUUGAAGAUGAAAAGAACCAUGGAGCUUAUGAUUUCAUAUUCGUGGACGCGGACAAGGACAACUACAUCAACUAUCACAAGAGGCUAAUUGACCUCGUGAAGGUCGGGGGAUUGAUCGGCUACGAUAACACCCUCUGGAACGGCUCUGUCGUGGCGCCUGCUGAUGCGCCACUUCGCAAGUACGUUAGGUACUACAGGGACUUCGUCUUGGAGCUCAACAAGGCCCUUGCUGCCGACCCUAGGAUUGAGAUCUGCAUGCUUCCUGUUGGUGAUGGGAUCACUCUCUGCCGUCGGAUCAAAUGACCGACCAACCCCCCACCAAAAAAAACAAAACACCACUGCUCGUUCAACUUCAACUCACCGUCUAAUUAUUUUCUUAUAAUUCAUUUCAACUUUGUCCUUGUAUUAUGUGAUGGUCGGUGAGUGAUGGAAGAUGACCACAUUCCAAUGGUGCUGAUUUCAUUUGUUGCCAUAAAAAUAUCAUUAUUGUAUUUUAGUGAUGGUAA